AUGGAAACGAUAAAUUAUAGAUGGAAUGAUAAAAUUGAAAAUUUUCAUUUGAAAAUAAAUAAAUUACGAAAUGAAAUAAAUGAGUUCAAGAAAAAUUCUAUUAAUGCUUAUGCUUUAAAAAAUAAGAAUUUAUACUUUUCUAAAGUGAAUAAUAAUACAAAAAGAAGAGAAUUAAUAAAUAUAAAUAAUUAUGAAGUAAAAAAUAAUUUAAAUAAAACAAAUAAUAAUACAUAUAUUCUAAAAGACAAUAAAAAUAAUAAGACAGUGAAUGCUAUUUUUCCUAUAUCUAAAAAUACUUCUAAUAAAAUUAUUAAAACUAAUGAUAUAAAAUUAUGUGAAAAUAAAAGUUCAUCAAAAUUUAAUUUAAGAAAUAAAAGGAAAAAUGAAAAAGUUAUUAAAAUUAAUGAAAAGAGGUGGCUAAUUGCAGCAAAACAUGUCAAAGUUAAAAAACUAGAUAAUAUUGAAAAGGAGAAGGAUUUAGAAAAUAAAAAAAGUAAAAAAAAUAGAUUUUUGUAUUUAGAAGGAGAAGAGGGAAACAUGCAUGUAUAUCCUGUUUAUUCAGACUCCGAGGUUGGUUUUGAAAGUAUUUCGCAUAUUGAAGAUGAAAGUUUAUCAAAAGUAAAGAAAGAAAAUCAGGAUGAUGAUGAUAUAAAAACAACAAAGCAUUUAGCUCAAUGGAGUUCAGAUUUAGUGCAUAAAUAUCUUGAGGAAGCUAUUGAAAACACUAAAUUAAUUUUUAAAUGUUCGAAUAUAAAAUGUCGUCAUGAGGAAAUAUUUAAAAGAAUGCAAUCUUAA